CUCCUCCUCCAAAUCAGUGACUUAAAUAUCCAAGGUCUCUGCUUCUAUCCCCAGCCUCGCCCACUUUCCACCUGAUGAGUCCCGUCCGCACAUGACAGCAUCACCAGCCACGGAACCUGCCGUCGGUCGGUACCAGACGGUAAUGUUACCUCCGGGGGCCGCCAGCAUCAUGAAUCACCACCAGGCAUUCCUGCAAACCUGACUGAUUGCGGCCUCGAUUACUGCAUCUCUCGUGAGAUUCCUUGCUUCUCACAGCGCCGACCAGUCCGCAUUGAAACGGACUCUGGAAUCCCAAUUGGGCCGAUCUGCAUGUUAGCGCUGGGCCAGCGUACAUAAGGUGCUCUCAGAUCGCCCCGAAAGCGGAGGAUUUUCAUCUCGCUUUUGCCAGACCCUCAUCGAUUGCUUCUCUUCUUCGACCCUCCGUGCAACUGGACUACAAUUUCAACAGACCCGAUUCUUUCACCAUGGACACCGCCAUUGAUCUCUCGGACGCCUCCAAGGCGCUGGACCUCGCCAACAUCCGGUUCCAGCUGAUCCGUCUCGAAGACACCAUCACCUUCCACCUAAUCGAACGGGUUCAAUUCCCCCUCAACAAACCCGUCUACACCCCAGGCGGGGUAAAAAUCCCCGGCACCUCGCUCAGCCUCCUCGACUACUUUCUCCGCGAACAAGAGCGCCUCGAAUCGCGCGUCCGUCGCUACCAAUCCCCCGACGAAUACCCCUUCUUCCCGGACGCCCUGGAAGAGCCGAUCCUCAGCCCGAUCUCCUACCCCAAGAUCCUGCACGACAACGACGUCAACGUCAACGGGAUCCUGAAACAGCGCUACAUCGAGGACAUCCUGCCCGCGGUAUGUGCGCAGUUCGGCCGGGAGGAUCGCGGCGAGGCGCAGGAGAAUUACGGCUCCGCGGCGACGUGCGAUGUUAGAUGUUUGCAGGCGUUGUCGAGGAGAAUUCAUUUCGGGAAGUUUGUGGCCGAGGCGAAGUUUCAGAAGGAGCCCGAGCGGUUUGUGAAGAUGAUUAAGGAGAAUGAUCGUGUGGGGAUUGAUGCUGCGAUUACGGAUAGUAAGGUCGAGCAGAAGGUGUUGGAGAGGUUGGCGCUCAAGGCCAAGACUUAUGGUACUGAUCCGGGGUUUCAGUCGGAGAAUGGACCCAAGAUUAAUGUGGAGGCGGUGGUCGCUAUGUACAAGGAAUAUGUUAUUCCUCUUACCAAGGUCGUCGAGGUGGAUUACCUGAUGCAGCGACUGAAGGGCACGAAAUGGGAGUAAGUUGCAGUAGACGCUACUAUCUCCCUACCACAGUAAAUGAGACGCGUGAUGAAACUUCUAUAGAGUGAUCAUAGUCAUAAGAAUGAUAAUAGACCGCAACCAAC